AUGUUAUUAUCUCUUUUACUUAUUAUUCCUAUAAUAGGAAUAUUUAUUAUAUCUAAUUUAAAAGCUUAUUCUGUAGGUUCAUCUUUAAUUGAAGCAGAAAAUACUCAAAAAAUAAAAGUUAUAGCUUUAGUUACAGCUAGUGUAAAUAUGAUUUUAUCUUUUGUUGUUUAUGUAUUUUUUAAUUCAAGUAGCAAUCAAUAUCAAUUUGUACAAGAACAUUAUAAUAUACAAUCAUUUGAUAUUUAUCUAGGUGUAGAUGGAAUUUCUAUUUAUUUCGUUUUAUUAACAACAAUAAUAAUGCCAAUCGCAUUAUUAGCUAACUGAAACUCAAUAAAAGAAAAUUUAAAAUUUUAUUUAAUAACUAUAUUAUUAUUAGAAACAUUAUUACUUGCAGUAUUUAUGGUUUUAGAUAUAUUAUUAUUUUAUAUUUUUUUUGAAAGUAUAUUACCACCUUUAUUUUUAUUAAUUGGUUUAUUCGGAUCAAGUAAUAAAGUUAGAGCUAGUUAUUAUUUUUUCUUAUAUACAUUAUGAGGAUCUUUAUUCUUAUUAUUAUCUAUUUUAACUAUGUAUUCUAUAAUGGGUACAACAGAUUUUGAUGCCUUAUUUAAAACAAAUUUUGACUAUACAAUGCAAUUUGUAUUAUUUGGUGGUGUAUUUAUAGCUUUUGCUGUAAAAACUCCUACAAUAUUUUUAAAUAAUUGAUUAUUAAAAGCUCACGUUGAAUCUCCUUUAGGUGGAAGUAUAAUACUAGCAGGUAUUGUAUUAAAAUUAAGUUUAUACGGUAUAUUUAGAUUAAUAUUACCUAUAUUACCUAAAGCUACUUUAGAUCUUACUUUUAUAGUAUAUACUAUAGGUGUAAUUACUAUUUUAUACGCAAGUUUUAGUACAUUAAGAACUGUAGAUGUUAAAGAAUUAAUUGCUUACAGUUCUGUUUCUCAUGCUGCUGUAUAUUUAAUAGGUGCAUUCAGUAAUACAAUACAAGGUAUAGAAGGAAGUAUAACUUUAGGUUUAGCUCACGGAUUUGUAUCUAGUGGUUUAUUUAUAUGUGCAGGUGGAAUAUUAUAUGACAGAUCUGGAACUAGAAUGAUUUAUUUAUACAGAGGUGUAGCUCAACUUAUGCCUUUAUUCUCUAUAUUAUUCUUUAUCUUAUCAUUAGGAAAUUGUGGUGCUCCUUUAACAUUAAACUUUAUAGGAGAAUUUAUGUCUCUUUACGGAGUGUUUGAAAAAUUACCUGUAUUAGGUCUAUUUGCCGCUACUUCUAUUGUAUUCUCCGCUGCAUAUACUAUAUAUAUGUUUAAUAGAAUUACAUUUGGAGGUUCUUUCACUAAAUUCUUUGAAGAAAAUAUUUCUGAUACAACAAAAAGAGAAUUUACAUUAUUAUUAGUUCUUGUUUUAUUUACAGUUAUCCUUGGAAUAUACCCUUCUUUAAUCUUAGACAGCUUACAUUAUCCUGUAGUUAAUUUAAUUUAUAGCUUUCAAUCUAUAUAA